AUGGAUUCGAAGCAACUUGAACAGAUAGCUUUAUAUGACAAGCUUAAAGCACUAGAAACCGAGCUCGAAUCACUCAAUAUUAAGGAGGCUUAUCUUCAAGAUGAAAUCAGAUAUCUUCGUCGUGAAGCAAUUCGCGCCGAGGAAGAAAUUACAGCAAUUCAAGCGGUACCUCUUAAAGUCGGUGAAUUUGCAGAAAUGAUUGAUCCAACAACCGCUGUUGUUGACUCACAUUUAGUACACGUUUUGAAAACAAUUGAUAGACGUCUUCUUAAGCCAAACGUAAGUGUUGCCUUGCACAGAGGCUCAAAGGCCGUUGUAGAUAUUCUUCCUCCAGAAGGAACAACACUUGUUAAACUCGUUGUUGACAGACCUAAAGUCUCAUACUCAGAUAUUGGUGGUUUAGAUAUGCAAAAGCAAGAAGUUCGUGAAGCCGUUGAAUUACCACUUACCCACGGCCAUCUUUACCAACAAAUCGGUAUCGACCCACCACGUGGUGUUCUUCUUUACGGUCCACCAGGUACAGGUAAGACAAUGCUCGCCAAGGCUGUCGCACAUCAUACACAUGCUGCUUUUAUCUCAAUCGUUGGCUCUGAAUUCGGCCAAAAAUAUCUUGGUGAAGGUCCAAAGAUGGUUCGUGAUACUUUCCGCCUCGCCCGUGAGAACGCACCUGCCAUUGUCUUCAUUGAUGAAAUCGAUUCAAUCGGCCAGAAGCGUUAUGAUGCAGAACAUAACCACGAUCGUGAAACACAACGUGUCCUUAUGGAACUUCUCGCACAAAUGGAUGGUUUCGAUCAAACUACAAACGUCAAGGUUAUCAUGGCUACAAACCGUCCAGAUACACUCGAUCCAGCUCUUUUGCGUCCAGGACGUCUCGACAGAAAGAUCGAGUUCCCUCUCCCAGACAGGAGACAGAAGCGCCUUAUUUUCCAGGUUUGCACAUCAAAGAUGAGCCUUAGCAAAGAAGUUGAUAUUGAAGAUUACGUCAGCAGACCAGAUAAGAUCAGCGGCGCCGAAAUUAGCGCUAUCUGCAUGGAAGCUGGCAUGUUUGCAGUCAGAAAGAAUAGAUACGUUGUCACACCAAAGGAUUUCGAACUCGCUUAUGAGAAAACUGUCAAGAAAUCAAAUCCGGUUCUCAACACAUACAUUUAA